ACCCUUUAUUAAAGCCCAUAGCUAUCAUAAUCUUCGCCGUUGAAUUCGAUUCACCUAAUUUUUUUCUGCAUUCCAAAAAUUCUUGUUCUUUGUAAUUAAAAAUGGGUGAGACGCCUAGUUUCCGAAUGUUAAUUGUAGCAGUAAUUACUUCAAUGGCUGGAUCAUUUCACUAUGGAUAUAAUCUUGUACUCACCAAUCCAUCUCAAGAUGCAUUUCUUAGUUUUAUGAAUCAAACGUUUGCGAAAAGAUUCGAUGGCGGUCUUUCUGAUCACACAUUACAGAAUAUUUGGAGUUUUGUAGUUGCUGUUUUGUUCUUAGGAGCUCUCGCUGGAUCGUUUUCAAUUCCAUUUAUUGCCGAGGGCGUUGGACGAAAAAAUGGGUUAUACAUUUCAAUUUCGGUUGGAGUUCUGGCGGGUGGAAUGUCGAUUGCUUCAAAGUUUAUCCCAUUAUUCGAGUUAUACAUUAUCUCACGAGUUGUGAUGGGUUGGUCUGUAUCUGUGAGCCUUGGACUCUCAGGAAUCUUUCUUUCUGAGGCGAGUCCGAAACAAAAUCGUGGAGCAAUCGGAAUGAUGACUGGUACUGCAAUUCAAUUGGGUACUGUUGUUGGUUCAGUCGUAGCUAUGCCUCAGAUUUUUGGGACUGAUGAUUUAUGGUAAGUUUUUUAAUUCUUAAAUGUAGACUGUAAGUUUGGGCAAUGAAAAAGUAAAUAGCGGCUGGCGGAGCAAAUUGAUGAUUGCCCUACGUUAAUUGAGAUGUUCUAGAAUAGGCAUAUUCGAAAAUUUUUGGAACCGCAGAUUGUAAUUGCAAAAUAAGUUUUGAGGUGGGUUAUUUAUGCCACUGAAAUUGGAAUUAUGCUAGUUUUUGGAGCUGCCCUCCCAUUUUUCCCCGAAUCACCUGGAUACUUGAUUCAAAAAGGAUCAUUGGAAAGCGCCACGAUAUCAAUCAGUUUUUACUAUAAAUGUGAGAAAGAGGAAGCUGAUAAACAUGUUAAAGAAAUCCAAAAAGAGCAGAUGAACUCCACCAAAAAAUUCACAAUGCUAGAUGUAAUCCAACAGAAAUCACUUCGCGAUAAAGCUUUCGUCGGUGCUGUUGUGACGUUUGUAAUGUCUUUCAGUGGAGUUGCAGUUAUCAGUGCUUUUGCUUUUGAGAUUCUAGUAAAUACUGGUUUGAACGUUUUGCAAGCAUCACUGGCAAAUGACGCAACCACGAUUGUUAGUGUGAUCUCAUCAGUACUUGCCAUUGCAAUAAUUGAUAAAAACGGACGACGCCCACUACUUCUCAUUUCACUUGCAGGAAUUCUGAUUUGCAACUUGAUAAUAUUCGGAUUAAUGUUCACUUUUGAUAAGUUUGGGAACCAAGUUCUCGGCUUCAUUCUCAUUUUCUUUAUCUGCAUUUUUCAAUUUUUCUUCGCUCUAGGCCCGGGUCCAUUAAGUUAUUUUAUCAAUGCAGAACUUGUUGGUCAAGAUGCUCGAAGUGCAGCACAAAGUUGGGCAAGCGUGGUACAAAUGAUCUCACAAUUUUCAAUUAUCACUGCAUUCCUGCCCAUGAAAAAUCAACUCGGAGAAGCCUGGUCCUAUUUGAUUCUUUUUGUUGCUCCGGUGGCAGUAUCUCUGGUUUUCCUGUAUUUUUCACUUCCAGAGACCAAGAAUAAAAGUCCAAUUGAGGUGGAAGAAGCCAUUGAGGAAUUACCAAAGUUGCCAUUAUGCCGAUCAACUCGUUCGAAUUCAAUCAAACCUAUUUAAUAGUUUCAUGGUAUUUAUAAUUUCCUAUUUCAUCGAUGAUCUUCUGCCUUAACAUAAAAUAUGAAUCAUGAUUGUUUUUCAACAGUUUUGCGUUUGGUCUUUAAACUCGCGAUCCUCGUGGUCAUUCCUCAUAUUCAAUAUUUAACAUUGUUACUUUUUUUUUGUUUUAACGGCUUCAAAUAUGAUAUUUUUCUCAAUCUUUUGUGAUGAUAACAUUCUUAAUUGUGGAAAAUUAAUGUUCAUA